AGUGACUCCUUCACUGACUGCCGCUGAACUGCUUCAGCACCGACUCACCGAGCUCAGAGUCGGACCGAGACGCUCGUCUGGAGGAUUUACCGAAACUUUCCGCCGCCUUCUGCCCCCGAACGUGUCAGUUUGUGUCACCAUGAAGGAGAGGAGACUCCCGCAGCCUUUCGUAGCGAGGUGUAAGCUGGUGCUGGUCGGGGACGUCCAAUGCGGUAAAACAGCGAUGCUCCAAGUCCUGGUGAAGGACUGCUACCCAGAGACUUACGUCCCUACUGUGUUUGAGAACUACACAGCCUGUCUGGAGCUUGAAGAUCAGCGUGUGGAGCUCAGCCUCUGGGACACAUCAGGUUCUCCAUACUACGACAACGUCAGGCCGCUCUGCUACAGCGACUCAGAUGCAGUGCUCUUAUGCUUCGACAUCAGCCGACCAGACACAGUAGACGGAGCUCUGAAGAAGUGGAAAGCAGAGAUCCAGGACUUCUGCCCCAGCACUCGAAUCCUACUAAUAGGCUGCAAGACAGACCUGCGCACAGACGUUUGCACGCGCAUGGAGCUGUCCAAUCAGAAACAGGCUCCGAUCUCCCACGAACAGGGUUCGUCCUUGGCCAAGCAGCUCGGAGCAGAGGCCUACUUGGAGUGUUCAGCCUUCACGUCAGAGAAGAGCAUCCACAGCGUUUUCCGUACUGCGGCUCUGGCCUGCAUGAACAAACUCCAGCCUGCCAACAAACCCAGCCCAGUGCGCCGCCUCUCCAAGAGACUCCUACACCUGCCCAGCAAGACGGAGCUGCUCUCCUCCACCUUCAGCAAGGACAAGUCCAAGAGCUGCUCUAUCAUGUGAAUACUGCUGAGACCAGGCUGCAGAAAAAAAAGAGAAAGAAAGGACAAGUGAACUGUACUGCAGCUGGUUCAGUGGGGACGUGGGGUGUGCAAGGGAAAGAGAGCCAUGAUGUGGAUUUCUGCAAAGCCUCUCUUCCCUUUGCAGCAUCCUCCCUAAAUUCCAAAUAGAUCAGUACACGCUCUAUAUUCAGCUCUGACGCUCAAGUUUUCAUCAUGACUUGUCACCAGCGCACAAUUUCUGCAGAAAGAAAUUGUUUGAUGUUCAGUUAAACCAUUUUUUUACAAGCAGAGCGUAACAGGCACUUUAAGGUGCAGACCCACGUAAAGGUUGCAGUGAGUCAGCUUGAAUAAGGUCAGUACCUUCGCUUGCCGUGGAGGAAGUGGUUGUAAACACUGCAUUUGACUGCAUUAAGCUGAUGAGACCCAUUUGAAAUUCCGAUAGCAGUGCCCUUUCCCAUCCAUCUCUUUGUCUGAAUGUCUGUUUAAGGUCACGCUAUGGGCUGAGUGACGAGAUGAAAUGUAAAAUCUGACAGUGACAGGAACUGGUGACUACAGAAAUGCGGCUCGGGGAAUUUAAAACAGCGUUCCUUGAAGGAAAUUAUUCCCUGGCUGACCCCUCACGGUAUUUAGUUCGAAAAUUAAAGCUGACAGUGGAGAAAAGGUGUCGAGAAGGGAGGGAUUUGGCAAGCAGUGUUCAUUUGCAAAGUCGGUGGGAGGACACACCGAGAGCACAUCUGAAGGAGCUCAAUGUGACUCAGCACUCACAUGAGCUACAAAAGGGGGGACAUGCUGUUAAUAACAAACACACAUACAAAGAACUGGGCCAUAUAAACACUGUCUGAACAUGUCUUUCUGAGAUUCCCUCCCAUUAGCCAUCACCACAGCAGCUUUAUUUGCUCAGUGUUACUAACAAUAAGCCUUGCUUUUAGUGGUGUUACACUGAUGAAUCAUCUCUGUAGCCAGCUGAAUGGAAAACACUUUUUUAUACAUGUCUGUGAAAAUGAAGUCAUUCUUUGUGUUUAGAGAUAUGACAAAGAUUUCUUCUCUGGACUAGUUAAUGUUAAUGUACCACAAAGACUUUGAACAUCUUGGGACCAUAAAUUAGUGCUUCACAAGCUCCAGGUUCUCAGCCAAAGGACUAUUCCACUGAUUUAGCAUUGCACACCAAUACAACGUGCCGACUGACAAAGGAGAAUUAAAAAGAACAGUCCAAAUUGAUACAGCAGAACCAGAAAUGUCUGACUUUUUUUUUCUACACUUGCUUAUCUUUGGCUCCUACUUUACCCACAGUGCAUCUCAAGUGGCACAAAUUUGAUCAAGGAUUCAAUUAUGUUAUGCUCAAGCCCUGGGCUCUGUGCUGACUUUGUCUUUGCAGCCGAACCAUGUUACUCCAACUUCAUCACAUAAUGCACACUGGAACACAACACAUUUUUACCACACAGUCAUUGUUUAAGGAGUGGCUGUAGAACUGAAUACAUUCUUCUAAGCAUUAUAAACUCCACAAAAAAAGCUAUUUGAUAUUAUUUUUUAGGCUAAUGCGCUUUCUCUGUGGGCCUAAAAUGUUGAAUGUCUGCUGAACAUCCGGCUAAUUCAUGGAGGACACUUGGAAAAGUUUUUAUCUGAAUGUGCCACUGAGCAGCUUUCAUUUUAAUGAAUGAGGAGCCAUCUCAUCAGUUAUUCACUUCUCUUUAAUACGUCCAGCUAAUGUAGCCCUGCAGCUAUUGAUGUAUUCAGGACACUGGAUAGCAGAAAAUGAUGAAUGCUCACUUGAAUGGAAAUUGCUCACCUGGUGCACGAGCCACAGUGAGUUUUGUAGCUUCCAGGUUUGCCUCGGUGUGAUAAAGCUCAUUGCACGUGUUAUUAACUUUUCCCGCUCAGCCUUCAGACUUUGUAUUGGAGCAAAUGAUACCUUUUUUUAGAGGCUGCAGAUGUGUUGCAAAAAUCGAACAUCUGAGGAUUAAAAAAAUCAUUGUAGAAAGAUUAAAAACCAACCUUGUUUGCAGGUGGAGAUGUCCUGUCAACAGUUUUGCAGACGUCUCAUUUGUAAUUGUUGUCUACGGGGAAAGUGCUUUUGGGGUUGUAGAGGAUUUUUUUUCAUUAUUGCUAAAUUGCAAGUGACCGCUGCAAAGCUUUCAUCUACUCUCUCUUUAGUGCAUUCAUGCCCACUGACCUUAAAGAUGAGCAGCACACUACAGAGGUGUGUUGAGCUGAACUCCACACAGACCCCACGCUGACUCAAGUGACCUCAUUUCAGGCACUUUCUUAGAUUUCCUGCAGCUUCAUCCAACUUUUCCCACAUAAACAGUAGUAUACCCCAAGUCUUUUAACUGACCUUGAUGUGCAAAAGUGGUGGAGUUCACCUUCAAGCUAAAAUAAGUCUUAAGAGCGAUCAGACAAUAAGACUAAAUGCCCCUGAAAGGAUACAGUGAUACACAAAGGUUGAGUUGAACCACACAAACAGGCUGGUCCUGUCUUUUCCCUUCCUGUUUUCUCUUUUUAUGCCUCAGAUAUAUUUUAUUUCAUUUCGCAACUACCCUAAAAAAAAAUCUUCUCAUUUUUCACUUUUAAAAGAUAAUUUCCUUCUGCUGGAUGUUUCGUUCUACUUGCUCGUGGCCGUCGCUGGUGUUUUUGUAGCUGUUGACGUUGUUCUCGUAUUCACUGGAGUCUUCUGGCGUUAGCGGCUGUUGACAGCUCGGCUAAUGGAGGACUUGAUGAUUUGUAGGUCUGCACCGAGAAGCCCGGCGAUGUGCAGAACACUGGAAUUUAACGCGUUGCCUAGCAACAGUGCGAGCAGGGGCAGUUCCUGUCUCUCCCAGAGAGGGAGGGAUGGGUCUCGGAGAGGGCGCCUCACCUUUUAUUUGUAGCAUUAGACAGAAGCCACAGCAAAGGUGAUGAUUGGACAUAUAAGACAGCAGCGGACUGCUGGAGAUGUUUGCGUUGGCUGGAGGAAGCCCAUGCUAGUAGCAGCCACGGGUGGGUUGUCUGAAGCGUGGCUCUGUAGCUCUGCUGCAGUCCUCCUUCACUUCUCCGUCCUGUCUGGAGCAUCCUGCCAUAAACGAGUUGUCCGAUAUGCAACCAUGAUGGCACAGUUUCCCUCUUGUCUUGUUUUUUGCAAACAGAUGUGUUUUGUUGUACAUAUCCUUCCUCGUAAAACUGUUUAUUAGAAAGCCCUGAAAAGAAUGUUACUGGAGCAAAACUGUGUGCUUGUGUGAAGUUGCCUACUAUGGCUUAAAUUAUUAACUGAAUUCUGUAUUUGUUAUUGUCAUAUGCUACUUUCUUUUUAAUCUUUUAUUUGAAUAAAUAUGUCUGAAGUUAA